GCUCUUACGUAUGUAAAUGUAUACACGCACAUAUAUAUAUAUGUAUAUAAAAAUCUGAAUAUUGCUUGUUACUUUAAAACGGAAAGCAUAUUACUUAGUUGAAAAAAGCAAUUUGUAUUAUAACGUUUAUCGUGGUGUCGGUUUAACAUUUAAGAUAUAAUAGUGCAAGAAGUAUUGAAAUUAAAUCGUGUUUUCUAAGAAUGGUUUAUUAUUUUACAAGCGAAGUUAUUCAACCACCAGUAACAUUAUUUAUGGGAGUUGAUAAAUAUGAAAUAUGCGAUUUUAUAGAUGAAGACCUUAUAAAAUGGGGUUGGCCAGAGGAUAUUUGGUUUCAUGUGGAUAAAUACUCAUCAGCACACGUAUAUUUGCGUCUCAAUUUUGGACAAACAAUAGAUGACAUACCAAGUGCAAUUUUAGAAGAUGCUGCACAAUUAGUAAAAGCAAACAGUAUUGAAGGAAAUAAAAUGAAUGAUGUUGAUGUGGUAUAUACAAUGUGGUCUAAUUUAAAAAAAACUCAGGGUAUGGAAGUAGGUCAAGUUGGUUUUCACAAAGAUAAAGAUGUUCGUAAGAUUCAUGUUGCAAAACGAAUAAAUACUAUUGUUAAUCGAUUGAAUAAAACUAAGCGUAUAGAAGAAGUGAAUUUUAGAGCAGAAAGAGAAAAACGAGACCAAAUUGAACGAGAAGAUAAAAAGAAACUUUUAAGGGAACAAAAGGAAAAGGAAAAAGCUGAAGAAAAACGACGAAAGGAAGAGGCAGAAAUGAGGAGUUACAAUUCCUUAUUCAGUACCUGUAAUAUGACAUCAAAUGCAGAGAACAGUGGAUAUGACUCGGAUGAUUUUAUGUGAUGAAAUUACUGAUGUUUAUCAUAGUUUGAAACAACAGAAAAGUGUUUCUGAAACAGACAAAUCUUGCAAUUUAAAAGUUUAGUUUUUCAUAAUUUAUAGCAGACAAUUACAAAUUCAAAUAUAAUAUCACUGAAAUAUGUGAAUAUAUUAAUAUGAUGUCAGUAGUAUUGAAUGAGAUAAAUUUGAGAUAUUACUGACUUUCUUUCUUUUUUUAUUACAAGUUAUUUCAUUUCUUCUUUUGAAUAAAAUGGUGUAUUCUCUAACAUUCUCUUAGAAUAUGCUUUGUACUAGAUUUUGAGAAACAUAUUUUCAACUCUUGUAAUUUCAUCAAUUUUGUUCAAAUUAAAUUCAGGCUAUCAAAAAAUAUUUCUAAGAUAUUGUAUUUUACAACAAUUGUGAAAUUUCGAGAUACACUUACCUGCUUGAGAAACAAUCAAAUUUAGUGAUUCCCUACAACAUUAUUUAAUGAUGUUAAUACUGUUGUUAAUUUUAAACUUUUUUUAAACAAGUAAAAUGCAUACAUAGUUAUUGACGUUGCUAGAACUUUUUUGUGGGGGGGGGGGGUGGGGGCAAAUCCCUUAGCGUUUCUAACAGUGUCAAGUGUUUAAUAUUAUUUAAUCCGAACCUGAUUUUAGAGAUGGGUUACUCGAAACAUCGAAAUCCAAGAAAGUUUCGAAAAUUUGAAAUUUAUAUUUUUGAAUGAUUUGAAACCCUCGAAGCCCAGAUUAGAAAAAGUAAGUGUAAAAUCAUUUAAUAAAAAACCUCCCGCAGUAUCAAUAAAGAAUAUUAUUAUUAAAA